UAGAAAUACAGUAAGCAUGGCUGCCGAUGGCUACGCGUGAUUUAAUAUCAAUAUAAAUCUCAAUUAAAUUGCUCAAAACUUUUUUUUUCAUUACAUAAUUAUUACAAUGCAGUCAUGUAACUUAAGGGGCUAUUAACCAGCACGAUGGAUCCCACAGCAGCCGAAACACCUACCAUAGCUUACAAAGUUUUCACGUUUGAAGACAAGGAAAACACACAGGAGUCCCUUUCUGUUUCCAUACCUGAGGUUCUGGAUCCACAAUAUGGGAUGUAUGUGUGGCCCUGUGCUGUGGUGCUGGCUCAGUAUCUGUGGACACAAAGAGCAGAGCUGAGAAACAAGACAGUGCUGGAGCUUGGUGCAGGUGUGAGUCUUCCAGGUGUGGUGGCUGCCAGGUGUGGCGCAAAGGUGAUCCUGUCGGACAGUGCAAAGACUCCUCUGUGUCUGGAGAACUGCAGGCGCAGCUGUGAAGCCAACAGCCUCCCUACUGUGGCGGUGCUGGGUCUCACCUGGGGGGAAGUCUCACCUGAUCUGGUUCUGCUUCCGGCACUGGACAUCAUUUUGGGAUCAGACGUCUUCUACGAGCCACAGGAUUUUGAAGAUGUCCUCCUGACCGUUGUUUUUCUUCUAAGAAAGAACCCCACAGCUCAGUUCUGGACCACAUACCAGGAGAGAAGUGCUGAUUGGUCGAUCGAGGCGCUGCUCCACAGAUGGAAGCUGAACUGUGUCGACGUUCAGCUGGAAACAUUUGAUGCAGAUAAAGCAGCGUUGGCUGGAUCGACACUUCCAGGAAACAAAAGCAUUCUCAUGAUGAUCAUCACACUGAAGACAGAAGAUGUUAGUCUGUAAAUGUUUUCAAGAUGUUGGUCACAUCAUCCAGUCGAGUCUAUUUCACAUUGAACUCAGGAUAAACUAGCUGUGUCAACAGUGUUAAACUCUUGGGACUGAAUACAGGAAUAAAAGAAAAUGCCGUGCCAGAAAGUUGAGAGCAACAUUAGGACAAUAAACAUGUAGGCAUGUAGUUCUGAAGAAAAGUCACAUAUUACACAUGUAAUAAAAGGCUUUUGAAAA